AUGACCGAAACUUGGGUGAUAGUCGGCGCUUCGAGAGGCAUUGGACUAGAGUUUGUGAGACAACUCCUGCACCUUGGCCAUAAUGUCAUCGCCGGCGUGCGAAAGCCUUCGGUAGCAGAGAAGCUAUUGCAACUGAUUUCUAGCCAAUCGAUGUCCGAACGCUGCUUAGUCGAGCAGUGCGAUGUGACGAACGAGGAGAGUAUCAAUAACUUUGUGAACAAAGUCAGCGAGGCUACUCGACGGGGGAUGGUUGUGAAGAAUAUCGUGCUCAAUGCCGGUGUGCUAAAAUAUCCAAAUCGAGCAACAGAGAUAUCUUUUUCAGAUUUCGCUCUUCAUUUGCACACUAAUACCAUCGGUCCCAUAAUAUGUGCACAGAAACUCAUCAAACUGAACCCCGACCACCCACCUUCCAAGGCGGUAUUCAUAUCCUCUGAUUCAGGAUCGACUGCCUCGUUUCGAAGCCAUGAGGAUGGCUUCGGGGCAUAUGGAGCGAGCAAGGCCGCGCUCAAUCAGAUGCUGAGGCACAUGGCAGCAGAACUGGAGCGCAAUGGUGGCGGCCAAAGCAAAACGACAAUUCUUGCCAUGCACCCCGGGGAGGUUCAAACUGAUAUGGCCAACAUUGAGCUAGGGUGGGAAGUAGAAGGUACAAUUGAGCCUUCUGAAAGCGUGGAGAGCAUGCUCAAGGUCAUUGGGGAAAAGGAUGAGAAGGAUAAUGGGACAUUCUGGUGUUGGGAUGGCAGAAGUCAUCCAUGGUAA